AUCUCUGUCAGUGCGCGAAGCGAUUCACCUACACCUUCCUGGCUGGCCCAGAAACACCAGAAUAACUUGACAUAGUAUUAAAAAAAAUACCCCGUAACAUCCCAUUACUCAAAAAGGGACAUUUUAUAUGAGAUAUCAAUAACGAGUUGGCUGGGGGACUUGUUGGAGAUCACGCCGGAGCGUUUUCGGACCACCUCGAAGAAGAAAACACGGUGGAGAGACUUGUUGCUUCAACGCGUUUGGACGGUGAUUUCUAAUCGCCAUCGAAGUUUAGUGUCUCUCACUAGUGUGGUCCAGGCAUCAGCUUGGAGAGCCCAACCACCACGAUUGAUCCCAGCAGCUGGAGCGGCAGCGAGAGCCCUGCCGAGGACAUGGAGAGGAUGAGCGACUCGGCAGACAAGCCCAUAGACAAUGAUGCUGAGGGGGUGUGGAGCCCUGAUAUUGAACAGAGCUUCCAGGAGGCCCUGGCUAUCUAUCCUCCUUGUGGACGCAGGAAGAUCAUUCUCUCUGAUGAGGGAAAGAUGUAUGGUCGAAAUGAGCUGAUAGCCAGAUACAUCAAGCUUCGGACCGGGAAGACGAGGACUCGGAAGCAGGUGUCUAGUCACAUUCAGGUUCUUGCCAGAAGGAAAUCUCGUGAGUUUCAUUCCAAGCUUAAGGUUACAAGCAUGGACCAAGCCGUGAAGGACAAAGCCCUCCAGAGCAUGGCCUCCAUGUCCUCGGCUCAGAUUGUUUCUGCCACGGCUAUUCACAACAAGCUGGGCCUGCCAGGCAUCCCGCGCCCAGCCUUCCCUGGAGCAGGGUUAUGGCAGGGUAUGUUAUCGGCUGGUCAGCCUGGAUCCUCACAAGAUAUUAAGCCUUUCACCCAGCAAGCCUAUUCCAUCCAGCCAGUCACAACAGCCAUUUCAAGUUACGAGACCACAGCAGCUCCAGCUCCGACAGCACCUGCGUGGCAGGGCCGUUCCAUCGGUACGUCUAAACUCCGACUGGUGGAGUUCUCCGCCUUCCUCGAGCAACAGAGAGACCCAGACACAUACAACAAGCACCUAUUUGUACAUAUCGGACAGACAAAUCAUUCCUACAGUGACGCCCUGCUGGAGUCUGUGGACAUUCGUCAGAUUUAUGACAAAUUCCCAGAAAAGAAAGGAGGACUGAAGGAGCUGUAUGGAAAAGGUCCCCAUAAUUCCUUCUUUCUUAUAAAAUUCUGGGCGGACUUAAACUGCAACAUUCAAGAUGAUAGUGGAUCUUUCUACGGAGUCACGAGUCAGUACGAGAGCUCGGAGAACAUGACCAUCACAUGCUCAACCAAGGUCUGCUCCUUUGGAAAGCAGGUGGUUGAGAAAGUUGAGACGGAAUAUGCGCGGUUUGAGAAUGGACGCUUUGUCUACCGGAUAAGCCGGUCUCCCAUGUGUGAAUACAUGAUCAACUUCAUCCAUAAACUAAAACAUCUGCCAGAGAAAUAUAUGAUGAACAGCGUGCUGGAGAACUUCACUAUCUUAUUGGUGGUGACGAAUAGGGACACCCAGGAGACGCUGCUGUGUAUGGCGUGUGUGUUUGAGGUUUCAAACAGUGAGCACGGCGCCCAGCAUCAUAUCUACAGACUGGUAAAGGAAUGAGGGGCUUCGAGCUUCCCCUCCCCCAAUCCCCCCUCCGUUCAUGGACUUACCAACCUCAAGACAAGUGGCAGUGCCUCUACCUGAAAGUCACACCUACAAUGCUUUUUGGUCAUGGUAUUGGGUGAAGUCAGUUGUUCUACAUUUGUUUUAAUGUAAAGUGUUUGUUAUUUGACUGCAGCUGUGAAUUGCGGUACAGUUGUUUUAUGUUUAAAUACGAGGAUUCUCGUUUAAAAGAUGUUGAGUUGGUCACUGUUGGGUAUAAAUGUGGCCGUUUUAAAAUAAUUUACUAGAUUAAUUUGGUAAAUGGAACUAUGUGUGUUGUCUUCUUCUGCUUUGUUAUGUAGAUUAAGAAGAAAAAAAGUAUGCUGGCCUUCACUUUCAGCAGCCUGAUGUGGUCUGUGUAAUAUGUUUGAGUGUUUUUCGUGCAUCUGUAGUUGAUAAUUUGUGAGCGUACAUACUGUAGAUAUACAGACAUGCACCCACAGCCAAUAGAUUUUCCAAAGAACCUUAACUAACAAAACACUACAUGGACAGUUGGAAGCAAGUGGUUAUGAAUAUUGCUGAAUUACUGCUAUUUCUUUCACAAAAACUCUGCUUUCAGUGGUAUGUUUAUCCCUGUUGACGCACUCCAAGUCUUAGAAACUAAUAACGGAAUUUUUGCACUGUGAAAAUACUAAAAACAUUUUGCCUGCAUCUUCUCCCUAAAUGUAGAAAGUCUUACCAACUGCUAAGAAUGUCUGUGCUGCAAACAAGUCUUUUCUCUGAGACAACUGAUGGGAGGAUUUUAGAUUUUAGACGGGUGAAAGUACUGCGAAGAUUACUCAAAACAGACUCUCAUCUUGUCCAAAAGCACUUUGUUCCCCCUCCUGGAUUGCCUUAGUGAUGCUGACUUUUUUCUGUUCGAGCUUUGGUUUUAGAACAACAUUUUCAAUAUUUAGCACACUAUAAAUCACUUCUAGACAGAAGGCCUUUGUUAAGUACACUGUGGCUUUGCCCCCUGUAAAGGCUCGAAAUAUCGCUCUCCUCUGGGAUGCUGGUGUAAGAGCUCCAAACCAGAGUGGUGCUGUCUUCACGUUCACACUCUGUUCACAUGUUUCUGUGGUCUACGCCGAUCCCGAGCCUUAAACAUGUUAUAGCUGUGAGAACUCCAAAAGAUGCCCCGUAAACUGUGAUCUCUACGCCGGAAGACUCUUUUAUGUUUGCGUUGUGUACGAAAGUCAGAAUCCCAUCUGCCAAAGUGUAGAUGUACAGUGCCUUAGAAUACACUAACAUUACCCUGUGCUUUGUUUUAAGUCUAAAAUCUGUUUUGAGAAUCAAACAGGCAAAAAUAACUCACUGCUACUUUACUUGGUACAUCUUCAUAUCUGCGAAAUUAUGUUUCCUCCAUUUGGUACACUCCUAGAAAAACAGUUUUUGUUGACGUCAUUAAAAUGCAGUGCUCCUAUGUUGAAGUGUGCAUAUUUAAGCACAGAAACAGUUAUACCACAGGUUAUAUUUUCCUCUAACGCUGUAAAUGUUCCUAAAAUAUCAGCCUUUUUUUUCUAAGAGUGAACUAUAAACACAGACUGACUGCCUUUCUUGUUGUAAAAGACCAAAAAUACAGAGAUACAGUUAAUCUUUUGUCCUGUCCUGCAUGGUAGCAAGGAAGUGCCUUCGGUAUACAAUUUCCAGCUUCAAAAAGAUCAAACAGAAAUUUCAAAUUUAAUGUUGCUAGACCAAAAAUGAGACAUAAGUGAAACCAAUCACCACAUUGCCUUUUUAAAGGAUUAUGAUGACAGCAGGAGGAAAGUUGGUUACCGGUAAAAAAAGAUAAAUGAUAUAUUAAUUUUCAUUAAUUUCACAAAUGAUGUAUUUGAAGAAAAAAUAUUUCUUUGCUUGAGGUCAAAGACAGAAAGACCUGCUGAUAACGUACAGCCGCUGACUGCAUGCAGGAUGUCAACUCGUACGGACACCUCAGCUGUUUGCUCCGUGCACACUUGCAGGUUCAAGUGUGUUUUUAAAAAGGUUUUAGGAAACAUGGAUUCCUCUCUCCUGCACCAUAUGAAAAUAUCACAAUGUUACCUUUGAUGAUGCAGCCGACACAGCUGUGAUGUCCUCGAGAGACAUGCGCGGGCUUUUAUAAUUUAUCUUUCAGAAUGAAAAGGGAACUUUAUUUAAUGAUUAUACACUACACAUUGUAUAACUUUUAAUGUGGUUGAAUUUGUAUCCAAAACCUGUUUGAGAUGCUGUUUUAGAAACACAUUUUUGUACAGGUGCUAGUGUGGACGAGGCCGUCAAGGUUAAUGCUUUUCACCAUAAGGACCAUAGCUACUCAUACAAUUAUAAAGUAUUUUAAUGGAAGAAGCUCUAAAUAAUUGCAGACAAUGUCUCUGGUGGAUGCAGAUAAAGUUCAAUCAAUCAUUCAGUAUUUUGCCACAGUCCUGUGGACACUGUGGAGUUUUAAUAGGCUUUCUUUUCUUUACGUUUACCCUGUGUCUGUUCACUUUUAUUGAUUACUUAGUGAGAUGUUUUCUUAAUGUACUUGUAUCCAGUUGUACUUGGUUUUGUGAUGACAUUGUCUGUAUAUUGCAAGCCCAAUAAGAUGGUAUGAUGAUGUUGCUGCUGCACUGCUGGUACAUUUCAACACUAAAACAGCAGGACUGAUGCCUUCGACGGCACGAAUGUCUGGUGGACCAUUUGAGGAGAAAAUGGACACAAAAAAAAAUCAGCCACGUCGAGGAAUCAUGAUAUAAACAUAUCAGCAGAUUAGCUCUUGUUAUUUGUAAUUCUGUCGAAAGAGUAGGUACUGGUACCUUUUUGUUUUAUGACCAUUUUCAGAUGGUGGCUUUAAAGUGAUUUUUUCACAUAGCUCACAUAUAGUUGUAAUACACACAUUUGGGUUUUGUGUGCAGACUUGUUUUUUUUUGUAAAAAGGUGCUUUGUACAAAAUGAUAUAUCUUAGCUUUUCUUGGUACAGAUGUGUGAUAUCUUUUCGUAUCCAUGACGCUAAAGUGUUGGAGCAAAGGAGAGAAAAAGAAGCUCUGCUAUGUUUCUGUGUUCUGCAUUUGGUCUUGUCUUUGCUCCGUAACAUUAUGACGCCUUCUUGAUAAUAGUAGGUUUUUUGUAGCUUUCUAGAUACUUUG